AACAAGGCCACAACUUGACCACGAUCACUGAUUUAUCCCAAGAACUACAAGUCCCAGUUUAGACCCUCAAACUUUACCUUGCGGUAGCGCUGACCUCCCGCGCAGGCGUACAAGGGGCAUUGGGAUAUCAAGUUGGCCAAACAGAGGGUGAUAAAAUGCAUAAGCUGAAGUCGUCUCAAAAGGACAAGGUUCGUCAGUUCAUGACCUUUACUCAGUCUGGGGAGAGGACAGCUGUGUACUGCCUGACCCAGAAUGACUGGAAACUAGAGGUGGCCACAGACAACUACUUCCAGAACCCCGACCUCUACUAUAAAGAAUCCAUGAAAACCUCUGUGGACCGCAAGAAGCUAGAACAGCUCUACAACCGAUACAAAGACCCCCAGGAUGACAAUAAGAUCGGUAUCGAUGGGAUCCAGCAGUUCUGUGAUGACCUCACCCUGGACCCGGCCAGUAGGAGUGUUCUGGUGGUGGCCUGGAAGUUCCGUGCCGCCACACAGUGUGAGUUCAGCAGGAAGGAGUUCCUCGACGGCAUGGCCGAGCUGGGCUGUGACAGUCCAGAGAAGCUGAAGGCUCUGCUCCCCAGACUAGAACAGGAAGUCAAAGACACGGCCAAGUUUAAAGACUUCUAUCAGUUCACCUUCAACUUCGCCAAGAACCCUGGACAGAAGGGACUAGACCUGGAGAUGGCUGUGGCCUACUGGAACCUGGUUCUAACUGGUCGAUUCAAGUUCCUGGACCUCUGGAACAGGUUUCUAUUGGAGCAUCAUAAGCGGUCGAUCCCCAAAGACACGUGGAACCUGCUACUGGACUUUGGCAACAUGAUCGCAGACGACAUGUCCAACUACGACGAGGAAGGAGCUUGGCCUGUCCUCAUCGACGACUUUGUGGAAUUUGCCCGGCCAAUCGUGACAGGGGGCAAGCGUAAAACCAUAUAGGUCAUACCCAGUUCCCAGCAGGGGCUGACGAUUUUAUACACACCAGCCAAAAAGAGACUUCUACAAGACUGUCCAAGUUUGUGAGACUGAGCUGCCAAUCAGGGGCCGGGGAGCGACAUGACAGCCAAUCGGAGAGAAGGAAAACAACAACAGGAAGAGGAAGUUAUCUUUUUCUUUGUUUUGGGACUGAGUCACUCCGGGAGGCGGGCUGUUAGCAGGGGGUGGGAUCGUCGCGGAGCUAUGAGCUCUGCUCCCAUUGGCUAGCUGGAUCAGACUGAUCGGCCAACGACUACAGUACCCAUACACCAGCCACCAUCAGAUCAGUGGGCGUGUCUAUAGAUUCUAGAACUGGUGCUCUGGUCCCACCCCCCCUAGCUGCAGCCCCCCCCCGACCCCGCCCCCUCCUUACUAAAGAACGACCAGGGAGAACAAACAGAACACCCACAGCAGUGGAGGCUGCUGAGAGGAGGACGGUUUGCUCUCUGCAGCAGACAGACAGAAUGGUGUGAUAUUUGAUCCAGGGGAGGCUGCUGAGAGGAGGACGGCUC